UGGGACCUCAAAAACAGCUGGAAUCUGGAACUGAGCCUAGAAAAUAGUCGAAGACAAAACCUGGGCAUUAGCUAACUGAGCUAAAAGGUUGCUUCUCACUAGGGUGUCAAGAAUAAUGCUGACUGAAGAUGGAUGCUCCUGAAUACUUGGAUUUGGAUGAGAUUGACUUCACUGAUGAUUCAGUGUAUUCUGUGACAUCCUUGAAGAACAUUCCAGAGCUGUCCAGAAGAAACGAUGGUCAGGGAGAAGAAAGACAAGCCCCAGCCAUCAACUGGAGCCGUGGUGUGUCGUCACAUAGUGGCGGUGGAAUCAAGCCGACCGGCAUCGCCGACGUCCACAGCAAAUUCCGACCUGUGAAGAGGGUCUCGCCACUCAAACAUCAACCGGAGACCUCUGACAACGAGAGUGACAACGAGGCUCAGGCUCACAAUGGGGAAGGCAGCAGCAAAGAAGAAGCCUCAGACAAAACACCUGCAGCCUGCGAAGGCCAGGGUUUUAAAGCCAAGAGCCUGGGUACCGGAGGAGCUCUUUUUGGGGAGCUGGAGCACUACGACCUGGACAUGGAUGAGAUACUGGACGUGCCUUACAUUAAAUCCAGCCAACAUGUCUCUACUCUUCCCAGAGUUCCCCAUGACAAAAGGACGGUGGGCGGCGGUGGCAACGCCAGUGACAGGUGCCACGGCGUUAAGACCUCAACACUUACCCAGCCUGAGAGCCUUGCGAGUGUCACCCAGUACUGUAUGCUUUCGCCCGUCAAGUGGUCUGAUAUGAGGAAGUUGAAAUCUCUGGACCCGGACAAUCACCGGCCACCCACUGGGGGCUAUGACCACUCCACACCAGGAUCACUUAGCAGUUCCUCUGCCUCAGACAUGGAUAAACUUUUAGCCAACAGGGGCUACCCAGAGACACAGGCACACAAGACAGGGGCUGACACCCCUGGGAGCAGCCAGGCUAUGAUGUUCCCCCUCCAGGGCUGUGCUGGGUCUAGGCAGGACAGCAGUAAGACCUGGAAUGGUACAAGACUGCACGGAGAGUGUGAUGACGAGACCAAGAAAUCCCAGAACAUCAUCAAUAUCAUCCGAGAGGGGCAGAUUUCUCUGUUGCCUCACCUGGCGGCUGAUAACCUGGAGCUGAUCCAGGACGAGGAGGGGAACAACCUGCUCCACAUCUCUGCGUCCCAGGGCCACGCUGACUGCCUGCAGCAUCUCACCUCCCUCAUGGGAGAGGACUGCCUCAACGAGCGCAACAACCACCAGCUUACACCUGCUGGGCUCGGGGUGAAGAACGGCCAUUUGGAGUGUGUGCGCUGGAUGGUGAGUGAGACGGAGGCCAUCGCCGAGCUGAGCUGUAGCCGAGAGCACCCCAGUCUCAUCCACUACGCAGCCCGCUACGGACAGGAAAAGGUUCUGCUGUGGCUGCUCCAAUUCAUGCAAGAGCAAGCCAUUUCUCUGGACGAAGUGGACCAGUACGGAAACAGUGCAGUGCAUGUAGCUGCUCAGUACGGCCAUCUCACUUGCAUUCAGACCCUGGUGGAGUACGGCUCCAAUGUCACCGUGCAGAACCAGGGCGGCGAGAGGCCUUCCCAGAGCGCUGAGCGGCAGGGCCACACCACCUGCGCCCGCUACCUGGUGGUGGUGGAGACGUGCAUGUCGCUGGCCUCCCAGGUGGUCAAGCUCACCAAGCAGCUCAACGAACAAGCAACAAAGACGACUGCUCUACAGAAUCAAGUUCAGCUACACCUGGAUCCCUCAAAAGCAGAGGGAACUUUGCCACGAUCGCCCAGCUCCCAUGUCCCGUCUGUGGAGGCGUGGCCUGAGAUGACCCUGACCGCAGAGGGGACCCCCGGGGAUGGCCACUGGAUCCUGAGGCAGAGGAGCGUCGACUCAGACACCGUCCUGCGCCAACUGCUGGGUAAAGACAUCUCAGACAAGGUGUGCACCAAGGAGAAGCUGUCCCUGGAGUUCCAGGAGGGCUCCAGAGCGGGGCCUCCUAGUCUGAACGGGGCCAACCCUGGGCCCCUGCGCAGGAUGGGGGUGGUAGAAAGACGGGAGCUGAAGUUGGCCAGACUCAAGCAGAUCAUGCAGCGCUCUCUCAGCGAGUCCGACUCGGACACCUACCCCCCUGAAGAGGCCAAACAUGGGCCACCCCCAGGGGUGCGCCUAGAGAGACCCAGCCACCUGCCCAUCGCAGAGAGCGAGGAGCCUGUCGGCAGCCUGCAUCUGGGCAUGAAGAAGCACACCUCGACCACCGAGCACAAGUCAGCUUUCACCCUCAGCACCUCCAAGUCCAUGGAUGGAUAUCCCUCGCCCACAUCGGACAAAAGCGAGCUUGACGCUGACGGGAAACCGGAGGCCGGUGGAGAUUUCCCCGACUACAACAAUGGACAAAAGACCACGACGAGCCCCAAAAGUGCACUCAAAUCGCCUACCUCUCGAAGGAAGACCUCCCAGAACCUGAAACUGAGGGUGACCUUUGAUGAGCAGGUGGUUCACAAGACGGGGCCACCAGAGAGUGAGCCGCCCAAGGGUGCCCACAGUAAAGAAGGAGCCGGAGGUAGGACUCCCACAGGGUCCGAGACGGUGAAGCGUCCGUUCGGGACAUUCCGCUCCCUAAUGGAAUCGCUGAGUGGAAAUCAGAACAGCAACAAUAAUAAUGUCCAAACGUCUCCCUCUGUCAAACAGUCAAGCUGUGUUGUGUCCCAGGGCUCGCCUGGCAGGAAAACUGAGGUUAAAACCAGUCCAUGUGGGCACUCCAAGGGCAAGAGCAAAGCUAGUGCUGUUUAGGGGCCUUGUUUUUUUUUUUGGUUAAAGGACCAAAAAAAAGCAUUGUACUUUCUCUCACAGUAUUUGAUCAUCUUGACAAUAUUUUAGUAACUGAAGUGUCCUCUGAAGUAUCCAAUACAAUUGUAUUUGAGUAUGUAUACUUAUGCACACACAGUUAUACCAUUUGGUAAUACAAUCUGUGGUUUUUCUCAUGCACUUAAUGUGCACUAGCACAAAGCGUAUACACUGAAUAAAAAUAUAAACGCAACAUGCAACAAUUUCAAAGAUUUUACUGAGUUACUGUUCUUAUAAGGAAAUCACUCAAUUGAAAUGAAUU